AUGUCAUCCACUAAUGGGGUUGCAACUGCAAUAGUGCAUAAACAAGUAUAUUUUGGCCAUGCCAAUAACAAAACAAAAUAUCUAUCGAUAAUAAAAGAUCUUAAUACAGAUAAUAACAGGAAUACUAAUAACAACGGUAAUGACCUAUUAACUAAUGAAAAUAAUGAAGUUGUAAAUACUAUUAAUGAUAGAGAUAAUAAUAAUAAUACUAAAGACAACAAUAAUGAAGAUGGCAGUGACGAUACAAACACCAUUGAAGACGAGCCAGUGACCAUUUCGUAUCCUACCACAGAAGUGAUUGGUCAUGGUUCAUUUGGUGUGGUGUUUACCACUACAAUAAUUGAAACUAAUGAAUUAGUAGCAAUUAAAAAAGUAUUGCAAGAUAAAAGAUUCAAGAACAGAGAAUUAGAAAUAAUGAAAUUAAUUAAUCAUAAAAAUGUAAUCAAUUUGAAAUAUUUUUUCUAUGAAAAAGAUUCACAUAAUGAAAUUUAUUUAAAUUUAAUUAUUGAUUACAUGCCACAAUCAUUAUAUCAGAGGCUAAGACAUUUUGUACACCAAAGAUCACCAAUGCCAAGAUUCGAAAUCAAAUGCUAUAUGUAUCAAAUUUUUAAAGCAUUGAAUUAUUUGCACAAUAAUAUUAAUGUAUGCCAUAGAGAUAUUAAACCGCAGAACUUAUUAGUAAAUCCAAGUACAUUUGAAUUGAAAAUUUGUGAUUUUGGUAGUGCAAAACAAUUGAAAAUAACUGAUCCAAAUGUAUCAUAUAUUUGUUCAAGAUAUUACAGAGCUCCAGAGUUAAUCUUUGGUUCAACAAACUAUACAAAUCAAAUCGACAUUUGGUCAACAGGUUGUGUAAUGGCAGAAUUAUUGUUAGGUCAACCAAUGUUUCCAGGCGAAAGUGGUAUUGAUCAAUUGGUGGAGAUUAUUAAAAUAUUAGGUACCCCUUCAAAACAAGAUAUUUGUGCAAUGAAUUCAAAUUAUAUGGAACAUAAAUUUCCACAAAUUAAACCUAUACCAUUAAAUAAUGUCUUUAAGAAAGAAGACGAGGUAACAGUGAGUUUAUUAACAAAUAUAUUGAAGUAUGAUCCAAUGGAAAGAUUGAAUUCAUUGCAAUGUUUGUGUCAAAAAUAUUUUGAUGAAUUAAGAAUAAUAACUACUGGUGUUGGUUUAAACCCCGACGGUGAUAAUUUAACGAUUAAUAACGAACAAAAUUUGAAUCUCAAUCAAAUCAAAUCGUUAGUCGAUAAAUUAGAAUUGUUAGAUUUUAACGUCUCAGAAGAAUUCAAUCAUUUGAAUAGCAUUCAAUUAGAUGCUAUAAAAUUGAAAUUACUGCCUAAUAUCAUACCAGGGUAA